AUGCCAUCAACGUCUUCUGCAGCAGUCCCGUGUUCCCUCAUAGUAUCACGCUGGCAGGAAAGGGGAGCUCAGGGAAGGGAUUGGCAUAACUGCCUGCCUGAUGCCCCGCGCGAAGGAUGGCGAGGAGAGGAGACCGCCCUGCCCCGGACAGGAGAAGCGUGGAGUUGCCGAAAUUGGUACGAGGGUGAGGCGAGUGGGGACUGCGUGACGGGGGCGGGUGGAGGGGAUUCGGAUUCCUCUCCUCUUGGCGCGCCUGGUGCCGGAAGGGCGGGUCCGGCCCCCCUCCUUCCCUGUACCACUCACCCGUUCUGCCACGCCCGCCCCAUCCCUUCACUGGCGCCACAUCUCCUCCUCCCUCCUCCUCCUCCUCCUACUCCUCCUCCUCCACUACUCCUCUGCCUCCUCCUCUCCUCCGCCCUCCUCCUCCUCCUCCUCCUCCUCCUCCUCCUCCUCCUAGUUCUCCACAUCCUCCUCCUCGUUGUAAACAGGCUACCUGCUCCUCACCGCCUCCUCAAACUACCUCCUCAUAAUCCUCCUCCUCCUCCUCAUACUCCUCAUCUCUCCUUCCCUCCUCUCCUCCUCCUCUCCUCCUCCUCUCCCUCCUCCUCCUCCUCCUCCUCGUCCUCCUCGUCCUCCUCAUCCUCUACCUCCUCCCCUCCUCCUCUCCCCUCUCCUCCCUCCUCUCCUCCUCCUCCUCCUCCUCCUCUGCCUCCUCCUCUCCCCUCCUCCUCCUCCUCCUUCCUCCUCCUCCUCCUCCUCAUCCUCCUCCUCCUCCUCCUCCUCCUCCUUCCUCCUCCUCCUCUCCUCCUCCUCCUCCUCCUCUUAGUCCUCCCCGCCAUCAUUCAUCUUUUUCAUCCUCCCCAACAUCCACGUCAUCCUCCUUCGCUUCCUCUUCAUCCUCCUCUCCCUCCACAUCCUCUCCUCAUCCUCCUCCUCCGCAUCACCGGGGUUUUCAUCGCCCCGUUUCGGCUUUGUUACCGGUCGCUGCUUUCUUGCCUCUCCUUCCCCCGGAUGCUUUUCUUGCUGCGGGGUCGGCCUUCUGGGCAAUGCUGA